UGCUCUCUUCCAUGUUUGUUCUUUCUCCCCCUCUAGAAGGCAUUGGAUCAAGCUUUGACAAGCAGUGGUUCCUGGGGACCAAGCUCAGCUCUCAGCAACAAGCGAUGUGCACGGAUGUUAAACAAAGGUAUCCAAGCAGGAGACUUGGAGAUUGUGAAUGGUGCAACGAAGAAAAACACUCGAGAUGUUGGUGUGACUUUCCCUACCCCAAGAUCCAUCCAGUCAAAUCAACGGCCGCGGGAUCCCUGGCAUCGUGUCGAUGGUAUUUUUGGAGAGUCAGAUGGUAUGGUCACAGAUCACCAGGCAGCAGGAAGCAAGGGUAAGCAGAAGGGACAGCCAGGCAGUUUUUUCAUGGAGAAAAGGACAAAAAGGAGCAGACUGCAUUUACCACAACAAGGGAUUUCAUGGUUUGUCCAAGCAGAGGAUUUGAGGUUUGAAUCUAGGAAAGAAAACUGUUCCAAUUCCAUCCCUGGUCCUGGUUCAUCUUGGUUUGAACCCUUCACCACCACGAAGCCCUGGAGAGAGCCUCUGAGAGAGAAGAACUUUCAAGAGCAGCAGUGCAGCAAAGUGACUCAGCUUGCAGCUCCAGAAAGAGAUGCUGAGACCAGGCCCAUCCAGCCACUGGUGAAGCUUACGCUGCAGGAGGCUCUUGCAGUGCAUCGCCCUGAUUUCAUCUCCCGCUCCGGUGAGCGCGUGAAGCACCUGAAGCUUUUAAUGGAGGAGAGGAGAAUGCAGAGCGUGCUGCAGUCUGAACCAGAAGAGCUUUUUAAUCCUCCAGAGAAAAGGAAGGGCUACAGGAAUGCAAGUCAUGUGCUGGCUGACAGAGGUUAUCUGAUUAAAGAAAAGAGAAGAGCAAUUCCAAAGAGUGAGAUGGUUCAAAGAUCUAAACGGAUCUAUGAGCAGCUGCCAGAGGUGCAGAAGAAGCGAGAGGAAGAAAAAAGAAAAUCUGAGUACAACUCAUAUCGCCUGAAAGCACAGCUGUACAAAAUGAAAAUCACCAACCGUGUCUUAGGGAGGAAGGUACCCUGGAACUGAUAAGGAUCUCCUCUUCAAAUAAAGGCGUGCUGUGCUUAGCAAACCUGCAGAGAGAUUGAUGUGAAAUAGAUAAGGCAGCAAAUAUGGUGCAACACAUGCUUUGUGGAAUUCAGUUACAUCUAUCUGCACUAAUACAAUCUUGCCAUAUUUAUAAGAUACUAAAAGAUCAGUGAUUUGAUGCAAAAGACAGGUUUUUAAAUACAUGAUGGCUGUGUGUAGUGGUGGUGUGCACUUCCAAAGCAAAUAUAGUUUUAGGAAGUACUUGGCUCAUAAUAUAUUUAUAAUUAUGUGAUUGAAAUAGCAGUUUUAUAUGUAUUUUAAAUAGCUUUUAACAGGGAUUUAUUU